AACUUACUGCUGUGAAUGUAAAGCAAGGGUUCAACAAUCAGCCAGCCUUUACUGGAGAUGAACACGGCUCAGCCAGAAAUAUUGUAAUUAACCCAUCAAAGAUUGGAGCUUAUUUUAGCAGCAUUUUAGCUGAGAAACUAAAGCUCAACACUUUCCAGGACACUGGGAAGAAAAAACCACAAGUUAAUGCGAAAGAUAAUUAUUGGCUGGUUACUGCGCGAUCCCAGAGUGCAAUCCAUAGCUGGUUCUCUGACUUAGCAGGAAAUAAACCACUUGCAAUUUUGGCAAAAAAGGAGCUGCCUCUGGCCAAAUCAGGUGUUCCUCAGGUUCCCAUCCUUAGUAAAAAAGAAGAUGUUUUUGCAUAUUUAGCUAAAUAUUCAGUGCCAAUGGUUCGAGCAACGUGGCUGAUCAAGAUGACUUGUGCCUAUUAUUCUGCUAUUUCUGAAGCUAAAAUUAAGAAACGCCAGGCUACUGAUCCCAAUCUGGAGUGGACGCAGAUAUCUACCAGAUACCUCCGAGAGCAGUUGGCCAAGAUUUCCGACUUUUACCACGUGGCUUCCAGCGCGGGCGACGGCCCGGUGCCUGUGCCCCCGGACGUGGAGCAGGCCCUGAAGCAGUGGGAGUACAACGAAAAGCUGGCCUCGCACAUGUUCCAGGAAGGAAUGCUAGAAAAGCACGAAUAUUUGACAUGGAUCUUGGAUGUUUUAGAAAAGAUCAGACCAAUGGAUGACGAUCUUCUUAAACUCUUGUUACCACUAAUGCUGCAGUAUUCAGAUGAGUUUGUUCAGUCCGCCUACCUGUCGCGUCGUCUCGCCUACUUUUGUGCCCGGCGUCUUGCCUUGCUGCUGAGCGAUAGCCCUAACCUCCUCGCUGCCCACUCGCCCCACAUGAUGAUAGGACCCAGCAACUCGAGCCUCGGGGCGCCCAGCCCUGGCCCGCCCGGCCCCGGCGUGAGCCCCGUGCAGCUGGCCUUCUCAGACUUCCUCUCCUGCGCGCAGCAUGGUCCCCUGGUUUAUGGACUUAGUUGUAUGUUGCAGACUGUCACUCUGUGUUGCCCAAGUGCCUUGGUGUGGAAUUACUCCACAAACGACAGUAAGAGCUCGACCCCGGGCUCGCCCCUGGACCUGCUGCAGGUGGCCCCCUCCAGCCUCCCCAUGCCGGGCGGGAACACGGCUUUCAAUCAGCAGGUUCGGGCAAGGAUUUACGAGGUAGAACAGCAGAUAAAACAAAGAGGCCGUGCAGUGGAAGUUCGGUGGUCUUUUGACAAGUGCCAGGAGUCGACAGCAGGGGUGACCAUCAGUCGGGUUCUGCACACGUUGGAAGUGUUGGACCGACAUUGUUUUGACCGAACUGAUUCCAGCAAUUCGAUGGAGACACUUUAUCAUAAGAUUUUCUGGGCAAACCAAAACAAAGAUAACCAAGAGGUCGCCCCCAACGAUGAAGCCGUGGUGACGCUCCUGUGUGAGUGGGCCGUGAGCUGCAAGCGGUCCGGCAAGCACAGGGCAAUGGCCGUGGCCAAGCUCCUGGAGAAGCGGCAAGCGGAAGUCGAGGCGGAGAGAUGUGGUGAAUCAGAGGUCUUAGAUGAGAAGGAGUCCAUUUCUUCAGCCUCUCUUGCUGGAUCUAGUUUGCCUGUUUUCCAGAAUGUUCUUCUAAGGUUUUUAGAUACGCAGGCCCCCUCAUUGUCGGACCCCAACAGUGAGUGUGAGAAGGUGGAGUUCGUGAACCUGGUGCUGCUCUUCUGCGAGUUCAUCCGCCACGACGUGUUCUCCCACGACGCCUACAUGUGCACCCUCAUAUCCCGGGGAGACCUGUCCGUCACUGCCUCCACGCGGCCGCGCUCGCCAGCAGGGGAGCACGUGGACGAGCACUACCCCAAGGACCACGACGCGAAGAUGGAGAUAUUUUCUCCCAUGCCUGGAGAGUCCUGUGAGAAUGCCAGCCCUUCCUUGGGCAGAAGAAUGUCAGUUAAUGGGGAGAAGUUGCUGAAGAGAGAAAAGCCCAGGGAGUUAAUUUUUCCAUCGAAUUAUGACCUCCUACGACACCUACAGUAUGCAACACAUUUUCCCAUCCCUCUGGUAAGUCAUUGCUUCUGUCAGUUGAUGAGCUGA